UGUGGCUUUCAUUGAACGAUGCCAAACCACAGCAGAUCUUAGCCCAGAACUGAGCGUGUCAUCCCUGAGGCUCGAGGGUCAUCCCAGUUCCUUGUCAGCCAGCAGAGGCGACAGCCAUGGCUUUUAAAGGCGGCUGCACGGGAUCAGUGUGCUCACAAGACGGGUCGUGCCCAGUUUGCCUCCAGACGGUCACCUUUCCAGUCCAGACCAACUGUGGUCAUCUAUUCUGUGCUCCGUGUUUGAUGGCCUGCUGGAGACAUGGCUCAUGGUUGGACGCCGUCAGCUGUCCUCUCUGCAGACAGAAGGUCCGUGUGUUGCAGCAUCUUUUCGAAGACACUCGCUCUGACCUGCGUUCCAAGGAGGUAUUAUGGGAAAUAACAAAGUACAACAAACGUUAUUCUGGCGCACCGCGACAGGUAACAGACUACCUGUGUGACGCCCCUCUCCUGCUGCAGCUGCUGGUCCGUGGUUUGGGGACCAUGGGAGGCCUUGUGUGGAUGUUUCUAUUUAGAGUUGCUCUCUGCUUCGUGGGCACCGUCUUGUCUAUCUCCUCUCCUUCGCUGGAGACCGUUGUAACCUCUGCAAGCCCCCUGGAGACAGAUCCGUCCUUCAGCGGUCUGCUGGGGGUCCUGGAUGACGUGGUGGUGGUCAUCCUCCUCCUCAUAUGUGUAUUCAAUAUCCAGCAGAUGGCACCAGACAGGCGGCACACGAGAAAUGAUACCAUUUCACAUGGGCUGACGGGGAACUCGCUGUUGGAUACGGCUUAA